UUACUUUGAGCUGCUCACUAAUCUGCUCCCUGCAUGUUUUAAAAAAAAAAAACAUUUUAGUGGUAAUAGGAAGGGUAUGGAGUAAGUGUCAAACACCAGCCCGACUUCUAAAGUAUUACAAAAAUGCAAGGUGACAGAUGACUUGACCUGUAACUGGUGCUACAUGUCAGCUGGCUUCCUGUUUCACGCGCCCCCAACAUUCUGAAAAUAGUUUGCUUCCAAGUAAUUCGUCAGACGUUCUCACUGAAUAGUGUAAAGAUGCUUUCUUGAAGCCAUGUGCACAAAUUCUUGCAACUCUUGCAACAGUCAUAGCUUUCCAGUUAACACGUCAUGCUAACAAACAAUAACUUUUCAUAUUUACACUGUUGUCACUCUUAAAGUAUAUUAAGUUAAUCAGCUUCUUAAUUUUCUUUUAAAUUUCUUUUUCAUCAUGAACCCCAAAAAACAUUUUACCCCAUGGUUUUAACAUUCUUGCUAUAAAUUCAAAAUGUUAUAAAAUUUCUUCUUUCUUUAACACUGUUCAUAGAGUUCGUACUGUGAGUUAACUCUAUCAAGUCAUAUACUUGAAUCUUGGACCAAUUUAUAGCAAAGCCUGUCUCUUAAAGACUCCAACUAAGAUUAAUGAGCUACAUUUAAUAAGCUACAUUUUUUCAGCUUCUGGACGUGUUGGAGAUGAUCUCUUUAUAAAUGUGGUUUGACACCUCAUCAUUUGCAUGUACAAAAACACAAACACUUCCUCCUUUACUACAAGGAAGCAUUUAAAGACUGAGGUGUCAGUGAAGUGCCCCAUUGCUCUUCAGUAACUCACCUUGACUUUGAUCUCACCAUGUUUACCCACUGUAAACUGACGGCACUGAUACUGGUGCUGACUCUUCAUGAUCAAGUUCAUACAGGAGAAAUUGUGGGUGGCCAUGAGGUUGCACCACAUAGCAGGCCGUACAUGGUGAUUUUGGAGCUGAAAAAGUCAAAUGGUAAUAUAGCAUACUGUGAUGGCUUCCUUGUAAAUGAGCAUUUUGUGAUGACUGCUGCCCACUGCGAAGCCAGAUCGUACAAAGUCUUUCUGGGACUUCAUGAUUACAAAGAUCGCAAAAAUGUACAGACUGUGACUGUUAAUGAGACAAAUGCUUUUCCACACGAAGGCUAUGACAAAACUUGUUUAAUGAAUGACAUAAUGCUUCUUAAGUUGCAUCCCAAGGUUAAGUUCAACGAGAAUGUGACAUCUAUUGCUCUCGCAGGCCGUGAUGAUACUGGCUCUGUCCCAAAAUCAUGUGCAGUCCUUGGUUGGGGAAACACAGAGAAUGGUAAACCAUCUGACGUACUCCGGGAAGUCAAUGUGAACCUGACUGACAUUGAGUUUUGUGCUAAGGAAAAAAAGUACUGCUCUAAAGGUAGAACUGGACCAGGCAAAGGAGACUCUGGUGGCCCGUUAGUCUGUGAAUGUGGAAAGGCGUAUGGGGUGGUGUCUGGCAACCAGCAAAACACCAACGGUUAUACUAUGAUACCUGAAUACAGAGACUGGAUUGACUGCAUACUAAAACAUAAGUGAAAGUCAUAAUACAUUUAAACCUCAGAUCACUUAGAGAUCUGAUGACUGAGAUAUCAAUAUUUAGACUGAUUCCACUGAA